AUUCUAGUGAGCUGCGUUUCCCCAGCCUGCUCAUUUAUAGGUCCCUGGUUCCCUGCCAAGGCCUCGAGGCUUUGGCAGCUCGGGAGCACGAAGACAUGGCCAGGGGACCUGACAGUAUGCUGAGCUGGGCAACCCUGGUGGUGCUGGCUGCCCUGGGCACAGCGGUGACAGCGACCACCAACCCUGGCAUUGUGGCCCGGAUCACCCAGAAGGGCCUGGACUACGCCUGCGAGCAGGGAGUGGCCGCGCUGCAGAAAGAGCUGCAGAAGAUUGAGAUUCCAUCCUUCUCAGGAAGCUUUAAGAUCAAGCAUUUAGGGAAAGGUGAAUAUAGCUUCUACAGCAUAUCUAUCCGUGAAGUCCAGUUUCCCAGCUCCCAGCUAAAACUAGUGCCCAAUGAGGGCCUGCAACUCUCCGUGACAAAUGCCAAUAUCAAGAUCAGCGGAAAAUGGAAGGCACGAAAGAAUUUCUUUAAAACCAGUGGCAACAUUGACCUGAAAGUGGAGGGCAUCUCCAUUUCUGCUGGUCUGAACCUGAGCUGUGAUCCCACCUCUGGCCAAUCCACCGUCACCUGCUCCAGCUGCAGUAACCAUAUUGACAGAGUCGACGUGCACGUCUCAGGCAGCAGCCUGGGGUGGCUGAUCCAACUGUUCCACAAAAAAAUCGAGAAUUCGCUCCGAGACACCAUGAGCAGCAAGAUCUGCCAGGUCGUGACCAGUGCUGUGUCCUCCAAGCUGGAACCUUAUUUCCAGACACUGCCAGUGACAGCCAAAAUAGACGAUGUGGCCGGAAUUGAUUACUCGCUGUUGGCACCUCCGGCAGCCACAGCUGAGACCCUGGAUGGGCACCUGAAGGGGGAGUUUUUCAGUCUGGCCCACCGCAGCCCGCCUCCCUUUGCCCCGCCGGUGCUGACCAUCCCCGCCGACCACGACCACAUGGUGUACUUGGCCAUCUCUGACUACUUCUUCAACACGGCCGGGCUCGUGUAUCAACAGGCCGGAGUCCUGAACCUGACCGUCAAGGACGACAUGAUUCCAAAGGAAUCCAAAUUCCGACUGACGACCAAAUCCUUUGGCACCCUCGUACCCCAGGUGGCCAAGAUGUUCCCUGACAUGAUGGUGCAGCUCCUGCUCUGGGCCUCCGCCCCGCCACACCUCACCGUGUCUCCCGCUGGCCUUGCCCUCACCCCUGCUGUGGAGGUCCAGGUUUUUGCUGUCCUCCCGAACUCCUCCUUGGCCCCUCUCUUCCUGCUGGACAUGAGCACGAACAUUUCUGUGGAGGUCGGUGUCAAGUCUGACAUGCUUGUUGGAGAGCUCAGCUUGGACGAGCUGUUGCUGAAACUGAAGCACUCAGACGUCGGCCCCUUCUCGGUUGAUUUGCUGCAGGCCAUCAUGAACUAUGUGGUGCCCUCUGCUGUGCUUCCCAAGGUGAACGAGAGGCUGCAGAGAGGCUUCCCUCUCCCGCUGCCUGCCCACAUCCAGCUCUUCAACCUGCUGCUUCAGUCUCACCAGGAUUUCCUGCUGUUUGGAGCGGAUAUUCACUACAGCUAAAGUCACCAUGGGUUCUGGGGCCUGUCAGCCACACCGGGAAGUGAGAGGCUGUCAGCACCCAUUCCUGACGGGCCCGUGGGGCACAGGCCACCUUUCUCCAGGCAUCCAUCUCUAGCUCUUGAUCCAGAGAUCCUUGCAAGCUUCUCUGAACUCAGGUUCAGAAAUGAUCUAUCAACAUGGGGAGACGUCCUUGUUCCUUAGAAACAUGUGUAGUGUAUAUUUUAAGGGAUUAAGAGCUUCUUUCAAAGGCUUAGCCUGCACAGAUAUUUCCUUCAAAAAAUUGCAUUUUAAUUGUAGCCACAAUAUUUCUCUGUGUGCUUCACACAAAAAAAUAAAAAAACACGCUGUUUUUUUGUUUUCCU